GUGAAAGAUAUUUAUUACAUAAAUAUUUAGUACAUAUUUAAAUGAAUCUUUCAUUUAUUCGGCUGUGCAUUUUGAAUGUUAAAAGCCCAUUUAAUCACUCUGAUAAGAUUAUCAUUGUUAAAACAAAACAUGAGUGUAUUCACGCAGUGCUUAAAUCCUCUCACUGGUCUCGCCACGUGGGAGAAGAGAGAUCAAGAUUAUGAUUAUCAUCAAGAAGUAGCUCGAUCCUCCUUUGCAGACAUGCUACAUGAUCACGAGCGAAAUGAGAAGUAUUAUAUAGCCCUCAAAGCUGCUAGAAAAAAGCACCAAGUAGGGGAGGAGGCUAAUGUGCUCGAUGUAGGGACUGGGACUGGAUUGCUGUCAAUGAUGGCUGUAACAUGCGGAGCAGACACUGUGACAGCAUGCGAGGCUUUCAUACCGAUGGCCAAUUGUGCCGCAAGAGUAAUAAAGGAGAACGGUUUCGAGAAUAAAAUCAAGUUGGUUCGUAAACAUUCUACGAAGAUAACGGUCGGAAAAGACGGUGAUAUGCCAAAGCGAGCGAAUAUUCUAGUCACUGAAGUAUUCGACACAGAGCUGAUUGGCGAAGGGGCAUUAUCAACGUUUCGCCAUGCCCAGAAAUUUCUUCUCGAGGAAGGUAGCAUAGUUGUGCCACAGAGUGGAACAGUGUGGGCACAAGUAGUCGAGAGUUCCAAAGUUUGCGGAUGGAAUCGAGUGAAGCCUAUUAAGAAUGGAGAAAUGCUGGUCGACGCUCCAGCGGCUAUUCAAGCGUGCUCUGGAGCUGCAGCAGUUCACGACAUGCAACUCUCCCGUCUUCCUCGGGACGCUUUUGUGCCUUUACUGCCGCCCCAACCUAUUUUCAGGUUUGACUGGUCCGGCAAGGAGCCUUUAUUGAACUAUGAAAAAGUACUGUUACGCGCAAAAUCGAUAGCAAGUGGAACCGCGCAUGCAAUUUUCAUGUGGUGGGAUCUAAACAUGGAUAUGGAUAAUCAAGUGUUGCUGAGUUGUGCACCUGUAUGGGAACAUCCGAACGUACCUGAUGACAUUAAAAGAGAUGAAUUACGCUUACAAGAGAUGGCAGAGUUGAUACCUUGGAGGGAUCAUUGGAUGCAAGCUGUCUAUUAUCUUCCGGAAGAGAUUUCUAUUACACGCGGCGUCGAAGUCAGUCUCAUCGGUUACCACGACGAGUAUUCCUUCUGGUUUAAAUUGCUGAACGGAUCCGUAGAUGAGAUCCCAGAUUUUCCUAGACCUGUGUGCGAUUGUAACGCGCACAUCGCGUACUCGAGAACGCGUAUCGGCCAAUUAAACGACAUGGCCCGUAAUAAGAAGUACGUGCAGGCCUUGAAGAAGAGGAUCACUUCGGACAGCGUCUGCCUCUGUCUCUCGGACGGCUGCCUGUUGGCUCUCGCGGCCGCGAGGAUGGGAGCGAAGGUGUUCCUGCUGGAGCAGAACUCCCUGUCGCAGAAAACCAUGGAGAUGUUUGUUCGCACGAACGGGCUCUCCGAGCGAAUAAGGAUCAUCAGGUCGGUCGACGAGCUGCCGGAGGCCAGCGAGAUCAAUUUCAUCUUCGGCGAGCCCUACUUCCUGAGUUCCAUCGUUCCCUGGGAGAAUCUCGUCUUCUGGUACCACGCCUCUAGGUAUCCGUCAAGCAUUGCGAGGAUGCCGAUCGCGGCCACGAUCAAGGCCGCCGUCGUCGAGUUCAAGGAUCUGCAUAAGAUUAGGGCUCCUGUGGACGUUUGCGAGGGCUUCAACCUGUCCUCCUUCGACAGGCUCGUACAAAUGUCGAGCGAUAAAAGCGACAACCCCGUAGAAGCGCAGCCGCUCUGGGAGUAUCCCUGCAAAGCCUUAUCUGCGCCCUUUAAUAUCGUGGAGCUCGAUCUUACGCGAAACGUAAAUUUUGAGCGCAUUCAGGUGUCGGGCGAGGUUCCGAUUUUAAGCAACGGUUCCUGCAAUGGCGUCGCUGUAUGGGUAGAUUGGCAAUUGGAUUCAGAUUUGUCAGUAUCUUGCGGUCCAAUUGAAGAAGUGGUACCUGGCAGGCGCAUGGCUUGGGAUCCUUAUACAAGGCAGGGCGUACAUCUAUUUCAUAGGAUAUCUAACGUCUCGAAAGGAGAAGAUACGCUUUCCUGGUCGUUUACUUUUGUUCCGCAACACGGUGAAGUAGACUUUGAUUUUAGAUUAAUAACCAAUGUAUGAUUGUAUCAAGUAAGUCUUGUUUUUAUGUAUCAAUAAAUUUUUGUUUGAUUAUA